AUGAAUACAAAGAGACCUCAAAAGCCUCAGUAUGGUGGGGGGAGACACAUCGAUUGCAACCUGGAAGUGGACGCUCCUCCCAUCAAGCAGAGAAAGGAAGAGGACUGGUUGACAGCCCUGCGGGAGAUGGAAAGGAGAGAGAGAGAUAGACGGGCCACAGCAAGAGAAGAAGAGCGAGACAGACGGGCUGCGGAGAGGGAGGCCGAAAAAGAUCGAAGGUCUGUGGAGAGAGAAGAAGUGAGAGAGAGACAGGCGCUGGAGAGGGAGGAGAGGAGGGAACGAGAAAUGUUUGUGAGACAGGAACGGUGGAAGAAAGAGAUUCUGGCUAGAGAAGAAAGGCAGGAAAAGGACUACAGAGAAAGAGAAGCUGCUGCAAGAGAAGAAAGGCUUUUUAAGCUCCUUGAGACAUUUAUCGCCAACAAGUAA